CAUUCAGCCCUUCUUCGUUUCGCUUUUUCUCCAAAACAAGCCCAAAUUUUGUAUCGAGUUACUGUACCGAUUGACAGUUAAACCCUACCAGAGUCGUAAAGUUGCGUCGUAAGGUGUGGACUUUGGACAGCUGGUUUUAAUUCAUACGCAUCUUUGGAUGGCCAAUCAGGACGAGAGAGACGAGGCUCUAUCGGUUUCAGAUCUGAACCCAACUCACGUUUCUUCAAUCUGACGCUGAAACUACUUUUCUUUUCCUGUAAUCAAGGGAAAAUUAGAACGACUAGCAUAAGUGUUUAAGCUGAAGGUGAGGUUGGGGAGCUCAAGAUCUGAGGUUUUGGACAUGGAGAGCUCGGAGGAGAAGGUCGUCGCUGUUAUCAUGGUGGGUGGACCCACUAAAGGGACACGAUUUCGGCCUCUUUCUUUCAAUACUCCGAAACCUCUGUUUCCAUUGGCUGGGCAGCCUAUGGUUCACCAUCCCAUCUCUGCUUGUAAAAGAAUACCGAAUUUGGCUCAAAUUUUUCUGAUUGGAUUUUAUGAGGAUCGCGAAUUUGCAUUAUAUGUCUCUUCUAUCUCUAAUGAGCUUAGAGUACCAGUAAGAUACUUGAAAGAGGACAAACCACAUGGUUCGGCUGGUGGGCUCUAUUACUUUAGAGAUUUGAUCAUGGAGGACAACCCGUCCCACAUUUUUCUGCUGAAUUGUGAUGUCUGCUGCAAUUUUCCACUGCCAGACAUGCUUGAUGCGCAUAAAAGAUAUGGUGGGAUGGGAACGUUGUUAGUGAUAAAGGUUUCUGCCGAGUCAGCCAACCAGUUCGGAGAGUUAGUUGCAGACACAAGCACCAAAGAACUGUUGCAUUACACGGAGAAGCCUGAGACUUUUGUGAGUGAUCUGAUAAACUGUGGUGUUUACAUCUUUACGCCGGAUAUAUUUAGAGCCAUUGAGGGUGUUUCCACUCAUCGGAAAGAAAGAGCAAAUCUUCGCCGCUUAUCUAGUUUUGAAGCUCUUCAAUCUUCAACAAGAACCACCCUUCCUUCAGAUUUUGUUCGCUUAGAUCAAGAUAUUUUGUCUCCUCUUUCUGGAAAGAAGCAGUUGUAUACAUUUGAGACCAUCAACUUUUGGGAACAGAUAAAGACACCGGGGAUGUCUUUAAAAUGUUCUGCUCUGUACUUGGCCCAAUUUCGGUCUACCUCCCCCCAUCUUUUGGCUAAUGGAGAUGGAACUGAGAGCCCUGUGAUCAUCGGUGAUGUUUAUGUUCAUCCAUCAGCAAAAGUGCAUCCAACUGCAAAGAUUGGUCCCAAUGUCUCUAUCUCAGCAAAUGUUCGGGUAGGUUCAGGUGCAAGGCUUAUAAGUUGCAUUGUCUUGGAUGAUGUUGAAAUUAAGGAGAAUGCUGUUGUUUUAAAUUCCAUUGUUGGAUGGAAAUCAUCUCUGGGUAAAUGGGCACGUAUUCAGGCAGACGGAGAUUACAACUCUAAACUCGGGGUUACAAUCCUUGGAGAAGCUGUAACCGUGGAGGAUGAAGUAGUUGUGACCAAUAGCAUUAUCCUUCCAAAUAAGACCCUUAAUGUUAGUGUACAAGACGAGAUCAUCCUAUAACCAUGACAGACAGAUUUGAAAGGGCCUCAUUGUUGAGUGAGUUCUUUUCAGGGGAAAAAAUGUUAAGUCAUUGUACAUUAAGACACCUGCAGUCUUACCAAUUCCCAUAUUUUUUUAUCUCAAUUACCCCAAAUGUUCAUCUAAAUGUUGGGAUGAACGCACACCAUAAAAAAUCAUAGGGAUACUCAGCUUUUCGGUUUUUGUGAACUCCAAUGGUUUGUAGAUUACAAUGUCUUGUAAUCUCAAAUAAGAAACAAACGUCUUGCUGUUUCAAAUAAGAGACAAAAGUCCUGUGAUUA